UAAAACCGUACGCUCUGGACUGGAAUUGCUCCUCCUGUGUUCUUGUAACUAACUCUGUGUGCAGCUCAAACAUGGCCCUGUCUAGUGAUCCAAUAUUUCAGAAACUGUCCCAGUGGUAUGAUGCCCAUCAUGCCACCCUCAACAUGAGGCAGCUAUUUGCGGCUGAUAAGGACAGAUUCUGUAAAUUCAGUAAAACCCUUAAGACCAGUGAUGGAGACAUUUUGGUGGAUUAUUCAAAGAAUCUAAUCACAGAGGAUGUGCUGAAGCUGCUUAUAGACCUGGCUCGUUCAAGAGGUGUUGAGAGUGCCAGGAAGCGUAUGUUCACUGCAGAGAAGAUUAACUUCACUGAGAACAGAGCUGUGUUACACAUUGCCCUGCGCAAUCGUUCAAACCCUAUCAAGGUGGAUGGAAAAGAUGUAAUGCCAGAAGAGAAUGCUGUUCUUGUGAAAAUUAAGGCCUUUUGUAGGAAAGUCCGUAGUGGCGAUUGGAAGGGGUACACUGGGAAGGCCAUUACUGAUGUAGUAAAUAUUGGCAUUGGUGGCUCAGACUUGGGUCCACUUAUGGUGACUGAAGCACUGAAGCCAUACGCAAAGGGUGGGCCACGUGUUUGGUUUGUAUCCAAUAUUGAUGGGACCCACAUUGCCAAAACACUGGCUGAACUGAAUCCAGAGUCAACACUCUUUAUUAUUGCAUCAAAGACUUUUACAACUCAGGAGACUAUCACCAAUGCAGAAACUGCAAAGGAGUGGUUUCUGAAUUCUGCCAAAGAUGUGAGUAUAGAUUCAUUUUGGUUUCUAUGUUUGUGCACCAACCAGCUAAAAAUUGAGAGACUUGGAAUAGAUACCGCCAACAUGUUUGAAUUUUGGGAUUGGGUUGCGGGACGUUAUUCUCUCUGGUCAGCAUUGUCUCUCAAUUGCCCUUCACAUUGGUUUGCCUAUGACAAUUUUGAGCAGCUACUCUCAGGUGCCCACUGGAUGGACAAUCACUUUAAUAAUUUCCCCUCUGGAAGAAAAUAUCCCGGUUAUUCUGGCCAUGGCUGGGGGGUGUGGUAUAUAAAUUUCUAUGGUUGUGAGACUCACGCUCUUCUGCCCUAUGACCAAUACAUGCAUCGCUUUGCAGCAUACUUCCAGCAGGUAAGUGCUUCCCAAUAGCCUUAUACGGGUGACAUGGAAUCAAAUGGAAACUACAUUACAAAACUGGAGCUCGUUCGUGUAAAUUACAACACUGGCCCUGUUGUAUGGGGAGAGCCUGAACCAAUGGUCCAGCAUGCAUUCUAUCAGCUCAUUCAUCAAGGAACACGUAAGAUUCCUUGUGAUUUCCUUAUCCCUGCGCAGACUCAGAAUCCAAUCAGGAAGGGCUUGCAUCACAAGAUCCUGCUGGCAAACUUUCUUGCUCAGACUGAGGCUUUAAUGAAGGGAAAGUCAACGGAAGAGGCCAAAAAGGAGUUGGAAGCAUCUGGGCUGAGUGGAGAAGCUCUUGAGAAACUGCUUCCUCACAAGGUGUUUGAAGGAAACCGACCAACUAAUUCAUUUGUCUUCACCAAGCUUACCCCAUUCAUGCUGGGUGCCCUAAUUGCAAUGUAUGAGCACAAGAUCUUUGUGCAAGGUGUUGUCUGGGACAUAAACAGCUACGAUCAGUGGGGCGUGGAGCUUGGAAAACAGUGUGCUAAGAAAAUUGAACCUGAGCUGGAGAUCCGAUGCCUGCAGAUGACGUCACAUGAAGGAUCUACAAAUGGGCUGAUUAACUUUAUCAAAAAAACACCAGAGGCUAAUUGAAGAGUCAUCUCUGGCAAUUCCCAAGAGCUGCACACCUUAGGUUUCCUUCUGGCUUUUAGCAGAAUAUGAAAGCACUUUCCUGUUUGUUCUUUUGUAGUUGUGAUCUUGUUGUGUCUUACAAUGUAACAACCCAAUCAAUCUGUGAGCACUGGGGAGUUGUGGGUAGAUGUUGCUGUUUUAGGUCAGUCUGUGGGGUAACAAAAGCCUCUGCACUGAAUCCUGA